UCCUACUGGGCUGAUAACCAUCUAACUGAACAGAGUUUUACAACCUAGAAAAGACUUCCAUACAAUCUCUACGGUAGCUGGCAACUCUCCCUUGCGACAAAAAGGAGGCCCAAGGUAUAGACACGUCCAUCCCACGGUGAGAAGAGACUGCGGCUCUAACCUCCCUUCUGCCUCAGCCAGGUAUCACCCUCCCCCCUUCUUGGUCACUUAGGUCAUUGCCAUGUUUCCGUGGUAUAAACACCCGCACCCCGAUGGGCUCUUUCAUCAGGAUAAAUUCCUAGAAGUGGAAUUGCUGGUUCCAAAGCGUCCGGGAAGUCUGGGAUGAUACCUGUUGCGGGGGUGCGGAUGGGAAAAGGGGGUACCACUGCACUUUCCGGGGCUCUGAGAUCCCUCCCCCGGGGGCCCGCUGGGGUCUCCUGGGCGCGCCCCUCCGCCUCGCCUCGGCUCACCCCUUCCCGCCCCGCCCCGCCGCGCCGCCGGACCUUGCCCCGGGGCCUCUCGAUCCCGGAGCUCGAAUCCCGGUCGGGUCUGCCGGGCCCGCCCCUUCCCGGGCCAGAACCAAGGUGGAGGAGGCGGCCCAGCGACCGACAGACCGACGGGCGGACAGACAGUCCCGAUGGCCGCAUCUGGCGAGCCCUGCGCGGGCACUGGGGUCUGGAAUCAGACAGAGCCGGAGCCCGCCACUGCCCGCCUGCUGAGCCUGUGCUUCCUGAGAACAGUGGGAGUCUGGGGCCCCCCCAUGUACCUCUGGGUCCUCGGCCCCAUCCAUCUCUUCUACAUCCACUGCCGCAGCAGGGGCUACAUCCAGAUGUCCCCCCUUUUUAAGGCCAAAAUGGUGCUUGGGUUCUCCCUGAUGGUCCUGUGUACCUCCAGCGUGUCUGUCGCUCUUUGGAAAAUCCAGCGGGGAACACCCGAGGCCCCAGAGCACCUCAUCCACCCCACUGUGUGGCUCACCACUAUGAGCUUUGCCGUGUUCCUGAUCCACAUGGAGAGGAAGAAGGGAGUCCAGGCCUCCGGGCUGUUGUUUGGGUACUGGCUGCUCUGCUGCCUCUUGCCAGCCACCGGUGCUGCCCAGCAGGCCUCCCGUGGGGACUUCCAGAGGGAUGCUUUCCGCCACCUGUCCACCUACCUGUGUUUGUCUCUGGUUGUGGCACAGCUGGUGCUGUCCUGCCUGGCGGAUCGACCCCCCUUCUUCCUGAAAGACACCCAGAAGUCUACUGAUCUGGAGGGGCUACAGGAAGCCACUGGGACCAAAAGACCUCUGGUCGCUUGGGAAAGAAAACUCCUCAGAAGAACUUGUGUCCAGGCUCGAGAGGGAAUGGACAAGGAACCACAGUGCUGCUCAGCGCCCUGCUUCUAUCUGUGUAUUGCCCCCACCAGAAUGGCCAUCCCAGCUCAGCAGCUCCAACGGAGAGAGAGGGUCUGUCUCCCAGCAUCUAUACAGAAAACCUCAAGGCACCCCAAGGCAACAGCAUCUCAGGGGAAAGGAGGUGGCACAGGGAUUCCAGAGACCGAGGCCUUCCUGCCACGGGAAGGGAGCCCGCGGGGCCCGCUGCUGAGAGCCGUCUGGCAGGUGUUUCGCCUCCCCUUCCUCCUGGGGACCCUCAGCCUUGUCAUCGGUGACGUCUUCAGAUUCAUUGUUCCCAAGCUCCUCAGCCUUUUUCUGGAGUUUAUUGGAGAUGCCAAGGCCCCGGCCUGGAAGGGCUACUUCCUCGCGACGCUGAUGUUCCUCUCCGCCUGCCUGCAAACACUGUUCGAGCAGCAGCACAUGUACAGGCUCAGGGUGCUGCAGAUGAGGCUGCGGACAGCCAUCAUCGGCUUGGUGUACAGAAAGGUCCUGGCUCUGUCCAGUGGCUCCAGGAAGGCCAGCGCCGUGGGGGACGUGGUCAACCUGGUGUCGGUGGACGUGCAGCGGCUGGUCGAGAGUGUCCUCUUCCUCAAUGGGCUGUGGCUGCCGCUGGUCUGGAUCAUCAUCUGCUUCGUCUUCCUCUGGCAGCUUCUAGGACCCUCUGCCCUCACCGCCAUUGCUGUUUUCCUGAGCCUGCUCCCUCUGAAUUUCUUCAUCACCAAGAAGAGGAACCACCAUCAGGAAGAGCAAAUGAGGCAGAAGGACUCCCGGGCCCGGCUCACCAGCUCCAUCCUCAAGAACGCCAAGAUCAUCAAGUUCCACGGCUGGGAGGAGGCCUUUCUGGAGAAAGUCCUGCGGAUCCGGAGCCGGGAGCUGGGCUCCCUGAAGACCUCUGGCCUCCUCUUCUCCGUGUCUCUGGUGUCCUUCCAAGUGUCCACGUUUCUGGUCGCACUGGUUGUGUUUGCUGUCCAUACUCUGGUGGCAGAGGAGAAUGCCAUGGAUGCAGAGAAAGCCUUUGUGACCCUCACGGUUCUCAACAUCCUCAACAAAGCCCAGGCUUUCCUGCCAUUUUCCAUCCACUCUGUCGUCCAGGCCCGGGUGUCCUUUGACCGCCUGGCCACCUUCCUCUGCCUGGAAGAAGUUGAUCCUGGUGCCGUGGACCCCACUCCCUCCAGAUGCUACUGGACUGGACACCCGUGCCCUGGAGACCCUGAAGGGGAGGACUGCAUCACCGUCCGCGAUGGCACCUUCGCCUGGGCCCAGAAAAGCCCUCCCUGCCUCCAGAGGAUAAACCUCGCCGUGCCCCAGGGCUGUCUGCUGGCUGUCAUCGGUCCGGUGGGGGCUGGGAAGUCCUCCCUGCUCUCCGCCCUCCUCGGGGAGCUGGCGAAGGUGGAGGGGAGCGUGAGCCUCAGGGGUCCGGUGGCUUACGUGCCACAGGAGGCCUGGGUCCAGAAUGCCUCUGUGCUGGAGAACGUGUGCUUCAGGCGGGAGCUGGACCGGCCAUGGCUGGAGAGAGUUCUGGAGGCCUGUGCCCUGGGGCCGGACGUGGGCAGCCUCCCCGCAGGAGUCCACACUCGAAUCGGGGAACAGGGCAUGACCCUCUCUGGGGGCCAGAAGCAGCGGCUGAGCCUGGCCCGGGCCGUCUACAGGAAGGCCACUGUGUACCUGCUGGAUGACCCCCUGGCGGCCCUGGACGCCCACGUCGGCCGGCAUGUCUUCAACCAGGUCAUCGGGCCUGGUGGGCUGCUCCAGGGAACGACACGGAUUCUCGUGACCAACGCUCUCCAUGUCCUGCCCCAGGCCGAUCGGAUUGUGGUGCUGGUAGACGGGGCCAUCGCAGAGAUGGGUUCCUACCAGGAGCUUCUGCACAGGAAAGGGGCCCUGGUGGAGCUCCUGGGCCAGGCUAGACAGCCAGAAGAAGGAGGAGAAGGAGAAGCAGAGCCAGCGACCAGCGCCGAGGACCCCAGAGGCUGCGCUGGAGGCGGGAGGACCGAGUUUGGGCCAGAGGGGUCCGUCAAGUUAGUCCCUGAGAGGGACAGCAACACCUCAGAGGCCCAGACAGGGGCCACCCUAGAUGACCCUGAGGGGACAGGACAGCCGACAGGAGGGGACAGCGUGCGGUAUGGCAGGGUGAAGGCCGCCAUGUACCUGACCUACCUGCGGGCCGUGGGUGCUCCGCUCUGCCUCUACACCCUCUUCCUCUUCCUCGGCCAGCAAGUGGCUUCCUUCUGCCGUGGCUACUGGCUGAGCCUGUGGGCAGACGACCCCAUUGUGGGCGGGCAGCAGGCACACACGGCCCUGCGCGGCUGGGUCUUCGGGCUCCUCGGCUGUCUGCAAGCCAUUGGACUGUUUGCCUCCAUGGCCGUGGUGCUCCUAGCAGGGGCCCGGGCUUCCAGCCUGCUCUUCCGGAGGCUCCUGUGGGAUGUGGCACGGUCACCCAUGGGCUUCUUCGAGCAGACACCAGUUGGGAACCUGCUGAACCGCUUCUCCAAGGAGACAGACAUGGUGGACGUAGACAUCCCAGACAAGCUCCGGUUCUUGCUGACAUACACAUUUGGACUCCUGGAGGCCAUCCUGGUGGUGGCAAUGGCCACCCCACUGGCCAUCAUCAUCAUCCUGCCACUGCUGCUCCUCUAUGCUGGGUUCCAGAGUCUGUACGUAGCCAGCUCAUGUCAGCUGAGACGCCUGGAGUCAGCCAGCCACUCGCCCGUGUGCUCCCACAUGGCCGAGACAUUCCAGGGCAGUGCAGUGGUCCGGGCGUUCCAGGCCCAGAAACAAUUCGUGGCUCAGAACAAUGCACACGUGGAUGAAAGCCAGAGGGUCAGUUUCCCACAGCUGGUGGCUGACAGGUGGCUCGCAGCCAACCUGGAGCUCCUGGGAAACACCCUGGUGUUUGCGGCUGCCGCAUGUGCUGUGCUGAGCAGGGCCCACCUCAGCGCCGGCCUCGUGGGCUUCUCUGUCUCCGCCGCCCUCCAGGUGACCCAGACGCUGCAGUGGGCUGUUCGUAGCUGGACAGACCUGGAGAGCAGCGUCGUGGCGGUGGAGAGGAUGAAGGACUAUUCCCGGACACCCAAGGAGGCCCCCUGGAGGCUGCCCACCUGUGCGGCACGGCCCCCCUGGCCUCGGCAGGGGCAGAUCGAGUUCCGGGGCUUUGGGCUACGGUACCGGCCCGAGCUCCCGCUGGCCGUGCGCGGCGUGUCCUUCAAGAUCCAGCCCGGAGAGAAGGUGGGCAUUGUAGGCAGGACGGGGGCUGGGAAGUCCUCCCUGGCCAGGGGCCUGCUGCGGCUCCUGGAGGCGGCCGAGGGCGGGAUCUGGAUCGACGGGGUCCGCAUCGCCGACGUGGGGCUGCACACGCUGCGGUCCAGGGUCACCAUCAUCCCGCAGGACCCCAUCCUGUUCCCCGGCUCCCUGCGCAUGAACCUCGACCUGCUCCAGGAACACUCGGACGAGGCCAUCUGGGCAGCCCUGGGGACGGUGCACCUCCGGGCCUUGGUGACCAGCCUGCCCGGCCAGCUGCAGUACGAGUGUGCUGAGCAAGGGGACGACUUGAGUGUGGGUCAGAAGCAGCUCCUCUGUCUGGCACGUGCCCUGCUCCGGAAAACCCAGAUCCUCAUCCUGGACGAGGCCACGGCCGCCGUGGACCCCGCCACGGAGCACCAGAUGCAGGCGGCGCUGGGGAGCUGGCUGGCGGGGUGCACCGUGCUGCUCAUCGCCCACCGCCUGCGCUCGGUGGUGGACUGCGCCAGGGUGCUGGUCAUGGACGACGGGCAGGUGGUGGAGAGCGGCAGCCCGGCUCAGCUGCUGGCCCGGAAAGGCCUGUUCUACAGGCUGGCGCAGGAGUCAGGCCUGGUCUGAGCUGGGCCCCCCCCACCAUCGCGCCGGCCCAGAGGGAUCGCCCUGGGCUCACGGGCAGCCCCAGUCCAUGCAGAGUCUGGAUCCCUCUCUGCUCUCCUGAGAACAUGGGCAGAUUAUCACAGAGCAUCAGGCCUGGAGGCUCCUCAACCCGGGCUAAUCCCAUCCUGUUGAUCCCAGAGCUGGAAUCUGCAGCGGCUGUCCCGGCCCUGGCUGCCCACGGCGCUCGCCUGGGAGUGCAAAGAAAACAGCUGUACCAGGCGCCACCCCAGAUGGAUUAAACCAGACUCUCUAGUUUUCAAA